AUGACAUCUUCAACAUUGAUACCAAUUAGUAACGAUAAAAACUAUGUUUUACGAUCAUCGGGAAAUUCCUAUUCAAUAUAUGAUCAUGGUCAGGGUUGUCGAACUUAUUCAUAUGAAUUUAAUUUAAAUAACUAUGAACCUGAACAUAUCAAUGUUUUGCUUGAUAAUUUUGGAAGAUUACGUAUACGUGCCUAUCGACCACUCUGUCGCAGAUUUCGACGUGAAUACAAUCUUGGUAGGCCAAAUAUUGAAGCAAGACUGGUCAGAAAUACAAUUGAUAUGUCUGGAUGUCUUCGAGUUGACGUAGAUGUUCGACCACGUGAACCUGAUUUAUUAUCAGUAAAUGAUCCAAAAAAUAAUAAUGAUCGUAUUCUUACAUUUGACUUACAUGGUUAUCGACCGAAAAACGUGAAUGUUCGGGUAGAUAACAAUGGUUUGAUAAAAGUUUAUGCACAACAUACAGAUGAUACAACUGAUCAUGGUAUCAAUAAAGAAUAUUAUCGUCAAUAUCAAUUACCGAAACAUAUCGAUCCUGAUCAUAUACGAGCGAGGCUCGAUCAAAAUCAAAUAUUAACGAUUCAAUUACCACAAUCAUCAAUUAGAAGAAGUCCAUCUUGGGAGCCAUAUUACAAUAAAAAGGAUCCACUAGCUAAUGGCAAACGACCAUAUGGAAACUCCUGUUGUUGCUGUUGUAAUGUUAUGUAA